AUGAGCACGCAUUCGUCUUCCCGCAAGAAUUCACCACGCAAGUUCGUCUCCGAAAGCUCAGAUACCCGCAGCUUGACCAGCAGCAAGUUCGCCCAGCUUCUCUCAAAGUUUGAGGUUCUUGAAGCAGUCUCCUCCGUUGGCAGCCCCCCUCUUCCUUCAUCAAAGACGAAGCCCACUUCUGCCAUCAAGGUCACCUCGACAAUUGAGCAAACUUCAUCAAGCGCCUCGAAGCCAUCAUCUCAUUCAUCGACAAAGAGACGAGAAAGAGGCUCCACUGGUUCUAGCCAUGUCUCGUCUGGUCGUUUCGUUCCUUCAAGCCAAGAACCCUCUCGUACCCGUCGAGUAAAAACUUUUGGUGCCCAGUCGCCUGUGAUCUCGACUAGAAAUACGGACUUAAAGGCAAGGCAAAAGUCUGUGGCAGAGAGACGAAUAAUGUUUGAGGCUGCAGACCAACAGGCGCCCUCCAGUCCCACCCGUACUUCUAUUCCUCGUUCGCCAUCAAAGCUGGCUCAUUCCAAGAGUUGGCAAUCGGUCAAGACAAGGCGGUCAGCCGCAGAACCACGAGCAGACGAUGUUCCCACUACGCCGAAUUCAAUGCACGUUGCAAAGACAUUCUCGCCCACGUCUCGUAUUGUUCCCUCACCUCGGACACUCCUGGCUUCUGACGAUCCUUUUGGCACAUGGCGAUCUCCUUUGAAUCGGCCAGACGACUCAUGGACCUCUUUCAAGCGUAACAGUCUCGUCAUGAGUGCGCCUGAUGCGAGUCCAAGCUACAUCAAGUCUCAGUACACCGAAAUGACACCAUCAUCUGUGCAGGCGGUAUCUACGAGUCGAUUCAAGCUUGAUGAUACUCGUGAUGAUGUUUUUGUUGAUAAGAACGAAGUCGACGAAACCCGGCAGAAUGGCUGGGUGCGAAAUGCUCGCAAGAUAGCAUCUUCAUUGUCAAAUACAGUCGCUGCAGGAGGUUCAAGCCUUCGAAGGAAAUCUCGUGGAUCCCAUGAUGCUCCCAGCCAAUCCGCGAGCAAUAACAGCGGUCUCAUGUCUUUCAGGUUUGCGAGAGCAAGUACCCCAAGUCGCUCAAGCCUACCACGUUCUAGGAUUUCUAGUCUCAGGAAGCAGUUUGAUCAGUUGGAGGAUCAGCCAGUGGCCCCUGUCGCUCCUCUUGACACCAAAAGGCGCGAGUCAAUCCUUACCAAGAACAAGGCGCCUAACUCGCCAUCGAAGCAUCCUCUUUUGGUAUAUUCCGAUUCUUCGGAGUCCGAAAUAUUGAAUGCGCCAAAAUUCAGGUCCAAAAGUUAUGCUCCUCGUGGGAGCCGGGCUACGGUGGAAAGUCCACAAACUCCUGUCGGUCGGCGUGACACAGAGAAACACAUUUCACCGUUGAAGCAAAAGAUCGACCUUUUUGAGUCCCUUGAUCGCCAGGUUCCUCCAAUUGAUUCUCCUCAUCCAAUCGACACUGGUAAGCAGCCUAUGUUCAAAAUCAACAAGCGGAAGAGUUCUGUUGUUGGUCCUCUGAGGACCUUCAAGGGCACCCUUCGACGGAUUUCUACAUCUUACCGAAGGAUACCCUCAGAAUGGAGCACUACAAGUUCGAGAGACAUCGCCCCAUCCCAACUUAGGGGCUCCGAUGAUGAUACUGUGGUGCAUGAUGGUCAGGCUGCUGAGUUUGCAAGCAACGAACCGCUAUCACCCCAUUCAAUUGAUGCUAUCCCCAGUCAGCCCGUUCUUGGUCAAACUCUCCUCACCAACGAAAUCAUCUCACCUCUUUCGCUGGGAAAGCCAUCGUCCCUCCCUAGAAGUUCCAUCACCCAGGCAGGCUUCAACAUAGAUGGAGAGGCAGGACUUAGUGUAGCGCCGCCUCCUUUGUUCGCAGAACCUCAAAGGCGGUUCUCUCGCACCAAGUAUGCCCUCUCCCGAGCGGCAAACCGGUUCUCUCUGCCCGACAUUGAAAAGGAACUGGAACUCGUUGAGCUUCUUGAGAAUGAUCGUCAGACUGUACCCGCGCACAACACAUUUGUCUCCAAGGUAGUCUGUGAGUUGGAGCAACCUCGACCGGUACGCGCAAAUGAGCUGAAGCGACUCGUUAGUUUGUGCAAGGAAAAGUUCAGAAGGAUUUCAGGAGGCCGCAGCGAAUAG